AUGAUGUCCUCGACGAACGAGGAGGACCCAUUCCUCCAGGUCCAGCAAGAUGUCCUCGCCCAGAUGGAACAGACGCGGCCCCUCUUCACCUCGUACCUGCGCAUCCGCUCCCUGACGACGACCCAGGCCUCCCCCGAGCUCGCCUCCGCGCGCUCCGACCUCGAGGCCGCGCUCGAGUCGCUGGCCGAGGACCUGGCCGACCUGGUCGAGUCGGUCAAGGCGGUCGAGGCCGACCCGGCGCAGUUCGGGCUGACGGCGCACGAGGUCCAGCGGCGCAAGCGCCUGGUGCAGGAGAUCGGCGGCGAGGUGGAGGACAUGCGCGACGAGCUGAGGAAGCACAUCUCGGGCCCCGGCUCCGCGCCGGCCCGGCGGCCUGGUGGUGGGGGCGGUGGCGGUGGCAGCGACCUCCCCGACCCGAACGCGUUCGCCAUAGCGGACGGGGACCCCGAGGGCGGCGACGGGGAGGACUACGCGGCCGAGUUCGAGCAGCGGCAGCAGCAGGCCAUGAUGCGCGAGCAGGACGAGCACCUCGACGGCGUGUUCCAGACCGUGGGGAACCUGCGGCGCAUGGCGGACGACAUGGGCCGCGAGAUGGAGGAGCAGAUGGAGAUGCUCGAGACGACGGACGCGCUGGCGGACCGCGUGGGCGGGCGGCUGCAGACGGGCAUGGACAAGAUGAAGUACGUCAUCCGGCACAACGAGGACCGCCUGAGCAGCUGGUGCAUCGGGCUGCUGAUCAUGGUUUUGUGUAUCCUGUUGGUUUUGCUCUUGAUAUUGUGA